CAAUUUCAUGAUAUUGCAGUUCACAGCAGUAGAAUGCUGUUUGGGAAAUAUUACAUUCCCAGAUGGUCAAAAUGGGUGGUCUGAUGAUGCUCUUCAUGCCAUGGAGGAAAUGUGCGUAAAUGAGACUCUUUUUGCUGUCUGUGACCGUUAUUCAAGAAACAAUAUAGCGUAUGUUCGCUUGUUUAAGUUUCAUGGAGACAAAACUAUUUUCAUCAACAGAGAAUUGGUGGAGAGAGAUUUGGCAAAGUGGACUAAUUUGCCUAGCUCCUGAGAACAAAAUAUGAGAAAACGUACACUGCGAAAAAAAAAAAAAAAAAAAAAAAGAGAGAGAGAGAGAUUGAGAGGAGCAGUUCUAUAUCUCCAGUUAUUCUGGGUCGAUUGGCAAAAUUCGACUUGCGUUUCUCAUGCCCCGAAAGCGUGACAUAGGGAUGUAUUACAUUUAUAUAUACCAUUGUUAACCUACCAUUGUUAAUAUACCAUUGUCUUUUAACUGAAUUCCUCAGUUUGCCGACAGUCUAUUAUUUGCACGCAUGUAUUCUGCGUGAAAAGUCAUUUGUAUUUGAUCUAGAGUUAAACAUAUAGCAUAUGAAUUUCUGUA